CAGCAUGCACCACGGCACAGCAGUAAAAAAUAGUCCGCUAACGCAAGGCUGAGAACAGGGAACUAGAAAAAAAAAGAGAAGGUAGCUCAGCAGCUCAAUCCACGAGUUCAAGUAUAUCCACGACAAACAGAACUGCUAACAUGGCUGACAGCGAAAAACUUGACAACCAGCGGCUGAAGAAUUUCAAGAAUAAAGGCCGGGAUUUGGAGACUAUGAGAAGACAGAGGACUGAAGUAGUGGUGGAACUCAGAAAGAACAAAAGAGAUGAACAUCUUCUGAAGAGGAGAAAUGUUCCUCAUGAAGACAUCUGUGGAGACUUUGAUGUCGAUGGAGAUUUCAGAACGCAAAACACCUCUCUUGAAGCAAUAGUACAAAAUGCUACAAGUGAUAACCAGGGCGUGCAGCUGAGUGCAGUCCAGGCUGCAAGGAAGUUGUUGUCCAGUGACCGUAACCCACCCAUAGACGACCUGAUUAAAUCUGGGAUCCUGCCUAUACUGGUCCACUGCUUGGACAGAGAUGACAACCCAUCUCUGCAGUUUGAGGCGGCCUGGGCUCUUACCAAUAUUGCAUCCGGAACCUCAGAGCAGACUCAGGCCGUGGUCCAGUCCAAUGCUGUACCACUUUUUCUGAGACUGCUUCACUCUCCUCAUCAGAAUGUGUGUGAACAGGCCGUUUGGGCUCUGGGCAACAUCAUAGGUGACGGCCCUCAGUGCAGAGACUAUGUGAUCAGCCUGGGUGUGGUCAAACCCCUGCUCUCUUUUAUCAGUCCUUCCAUCCCCAUCACCUUCCUUCGCAAUGUCACCUGGGUCAUGGUCAAUCUGUGCCGCCACAAGGACCCCCCACCACCAAUGGAAACCAUCCAAGAGAUUCUGCCUGCUCUCUGUGUGCUGAUCCACCACACCGACGUCAGCAUCCUGGUGGACACAGUGUGGGCACUGUCCUACCUGACCGACGCUGGUAAUGAGCAGAUCCAGAUGGUCAUUGACUCUGGCAUCGUCCCUUACCUGGUCCCUCUGCUCAGUCACCAGGAGGUCAAAGUUCAGACUGCUGCCCUGAGAGCUGUUGGGAACAUAGUGACUGGUACUGAUGAACAGACCCAGGUGGUUCUUAACUGUGACACCCUGAGCCACUUCCCUGCCCUCCUCACUCACCCCAAGGAGAAAAUUAACAAGGAGGCGGUGUGGUUCUUGUCCAACAUCACAGCAGGCAACCAACAGCAGGUGCAAGCUGUCAUUGAUGCCAAGCUCGUCCCCAUGAUCAUUCAUCUCCUGGACAAGGGUGACUUUGGAACUCAGAAGGAAGCUGCUUGGGCCAUCAGUAACCUGACAAUAAGUGGCAGGAAAGAUCAAGUGGCGCACCUUAUUGAGAAGCAGGUGAUCCCUCCGUUCUGUAACCUGCUCACUGUUAAAGACGCUCAGGUGGUUCAGGUCGUCCUCGACGGUCUUAGCAACAUCCUGAAGAUGGCCGACGAUGAAGCGGAAACUAUCGCUAACCUCAUUGAAGAGUGUGGAGGCUUAGAAAAGGUGGAGCAACUCCAGAACCAUGAAAAUGAAGACAUCUACAAAUUAGCUUAUGAAAUUAUUGAUCAGUUCUUCUCAUCUGAUGAUAUUGAUGAAGACACCAGCCUGGUCCCAGAGUCCAUCCAGGGCGGAACUUACGGCUUUAACUCCGCCAACGUGCCAGCAGAGGGAUUCCAGUUCUAGACGACAUCUGGGGUAUUCUGGAGUUUUGUUUACGAUGCAGCACUCUGUUCAACAUAAAAAAAAUUAGGAGAGAAAGAGCGAGAGAGAGCGAGAGUGUGAGAAAUUUGAUCCAUUGUGCUUAGCUCGUGGGAUCCAUGGCUGCAUCUUAUCUGAGAGAAAAAUGUGUGGAUUUCAUUUGGCAUUCCAGAGGAACCAGUCCAAAUGAAGUUUGAGAUGGCGAGUGGGUGCGAGUGAGAAUGAGUGGCUACAUGUUGCAAAAAAAAGCAAAACAUCUACAUCAAAUGUGUUGAGAGACGUGCCGACAUAACUUCUGUGUUAUUGGAGCUGUCGUCUUCGGAAUACUACUUCAAAUGACAACAAAAAAAAACUUGAUGUUUGCCUGGGGAGAUCCAAAGACAUCCAAAAGUAACAAAUCACACAAAUGAAUAGAACGUUAUAAUUAUCAACUGAGAUGAACCUCAAACCAUCACAAAUCUGCGGUCCACCGACUAGAGAGGGCGCCAUCCUCGACGUGCCCCUCCAACCAAUCGGCCACGCUAUCAGACAUGUGUGUGAAUGGACCCAUUGUGUAUGAAUGACUGGACUCAGUACAGAGGAGCCAGGUUCAUCUCCUCCAACAAGAUGCCCCGAUUGGGGCACCACCCUCUCCCCCUGGCGGGUGAGGUCGGAGUCCAGCUGCGCGUGUCGCAUGUGCGAGAGAAUGGACGGAUGAGUUGUGUGUGCUUGGCUGCGUGCGUGACUGGGAGAAUGCAAGGCUGGGUGAGAACGCAUGCAGAGAUGGAGAAAAAGAAACAAAUACAACAUCUGGAGAGAAAUGAAAAUGAGAAACGCAACAAUGAGGUCAUCAAAGGUGUCAGGCCUUUGGAUGAAAAAGGCUAAUCCUCUAUAUAUCCCUAAAAGGAAGAACUUUGGAUAUGAAAACAAAUCGUCAUCACAAGGAUUAUAUUUUUGUUUUGAGUUAAUGUUAUGUUAGUAUUAAUUGACACUGGACAAUGCAGUUGGCACGAGUGGAGCAGCAGUGCAUUGUAUGAAGAUGCAUUUGGUGGCUUUUUGGGCUUUUUCUUUGCCUCCAGUGUGUUCCCUUUUAUGAUACUUUUUUUUUUUAGUUUCAGCUUUUAGUUUCAUUGCUUCUGUAACAGUGAUUGAUGACCAUCAUAUUCCAUCCUCACAACUGAACCUACAUACCAGUCAUGGGCUUGAUGCUGUGAAAUUCAGAAACAACACUAUAAUUAACCAAAUGACACCGUGAUCCCCCUGCCCCGACUCCCUUCCUCCCCCCGAUACUGAAUCGUUUGCCCUUCAAUUUUACAGCAAAAAUCACUGCUUUGCAGUACUGUUGCCAUAGCUUUGAAUUAUCAUCGAGAGAAGAACAACAGCCAUGUCAUGUAGGAUUGUGAAUCAUAACCUUUGCAUGUACUAAACUAUAGCACAGUUACUUUUUUUUUAGGACAUUUUAGUUUUCAUAGGCUGUGGAUACAGUGUAAUUUUCAUUUUAAGUAAAACUGUGCUUAAAUGUUACAUGUUACUACCCCCAACCCCUCCCCCUUAACUUGUGUCCUAUUUGAUAAUUAAUCUUUAAGGGUUUGCACAUGUAUCGCAAAAGUGAGGCCUGACGUCUUUCUGAAGGCGUGUUGGUCAGUUUCAGAGGUCUGGACCUGCCAACAGCCUCCACAGUAAUACGCAUCACUCUACCACAAUCUUUGUAGUACUCCUAGAGUAAUCCUAUGAUGCUUUCUAGCGAUACUUGAGAGAAUAAUGAGUCAGAUUUCGGGAACGGUAGCGACAAAUCUGCUAAACUAUCUCAUAGAUUAGAGGGGGAUGCUAACCUCCCUUUUCUUGGGAGGUGAAAGGAGGCGCGAGUUGUCCUGAAUGGGUCCUUCUGAAUAAUUAAUAAACCCAUGAACAAGUUUGCUGUACAUGUAGUACCUUACCGUCUAUAGCCCCACUCCUCCCGUCCCCCUUCUACCAGCUAGAUGUAAGAGCUUACCCUUUUCCAUUUUUGUGUUAAACUCCAAACACUGUAGUAAAUGAUUACACUUUGUGCUCAUAAACCUUCUGUUGAACAUAGGGGUAUAUAUUUUUUGCAGCAUUCCUUGUUAGCAUACAUGUGGUUUCAAAUCUAAGAUUAUUAAAUGGAAGAGAAAAAAGGUGGUUUGCCCAAAAGGAAAGUUUUUGGGGAGAUAGGCUACACCUAAUAGGUUGUCUUCAAAAAUAAAUAGUGAAAC